AUGAUGUCCUACAUUAAGCAACCCCAUUACGCGGUGAACGGGUUAACGCUGUCUGGCCCCGGCAUGGACCUCCUCCACUCCGCCGUUGGAUAUCCCAGUAAGGCACUGGUUUGGUUUGGUUUGCUGUUGUAUACCCCGCGCAAACAGCGUCGGGAGCGCACCACCUUCACCCGCGCUCAGCUGGACAUCCUGGAGGCGCUGUUCGCCAAGACGCGCUACCCGGACAUCUUCAUGAGGGAGGAGGUGGCCCUGAAGAUCAAUCUGCCGGAGUCCCGCGUCCAGGUCUGGUUUAAGAACCGUCGUGCCAAGUGCCGCCAGCAGCAGCAGCAGAGCACAGGCCAGUCCAAGCCGCGGCCUCCCAAGAAGAAAGCCUCCCCCGCCCGCGAGGCCAGCACGGAGGCCAGCGCCAACCCCACCGGCGGACCCUACAGCCCUCCACCCCCUCCACCAGGCACAGCUAUCACCCCAAGCUCCAGUUCUGCCAGUGCCACCGUCUCCAUCUGGAGUCCGGCGUCCAUCUCCCCGCUGCCCGACCCCCUGUCUGCCUCCACCACCCCCUGCAUGCAGCGCUCCACUGCCUACCCCAUGGCCUACACCCAGGCUCCAGCCUACAGCCAGGGCUACGCAGGCUCUUCCUCCUACUUCACUGGCCUGGACUGCGGCUCCUACCUGUCCCCCAUGCACCCGCAGCUGACCAGCACCGGAGGCUCCCUGAGCCCCAUCACAGCCUCCUCCAUGGGCGGGCCCCUCAGCCAGUCCCCCGCCUCCCUCUCCUCCCAAGGCUACACAGCCGCCUCUCUGGGCUUUGGAGCUGUUGACUGUCUGGACUACAAGGACCAAGCUGCCUGGAAGCUCAAUUUUAAUGCCACUGAUUGUCUGGACUACAAAGAUCAGAACUCCUGGAAGUUCCAGGUCUUGUAA